ACUUCUUGAAAUUACGUCAAGCAAAAAGAUGAAGCUUUCCAAAACAGGACUUUCAUCGUUUCAGCUUAAAAUACAUCUGAAUAUUUCUAUUAAAGCUGAUUAAAUUUGGAGUUUUAUAUAUUUUUUGUUAUUUUUCUCUGUUCGCCUAGAACGAAUGAAAAAAAUCGUAAAAGUCAUAAAAAUUCUCAAGAAAAAACAUUUGUGUCGAGUUUGUGCCUAUUAUAAGAGACGUAAUCACUAAGAAUUUGAUAAAUUUGAAAAGAAAUUUAGAUUGUGAAAGGGUUGAAAUGGAAUUCAUCGGUAGUACGUUGGAUUUGGAUCUUGGCUUUGAAGAUCAGUCAGGUGAUCUUGAGCCACUGGACAACUCCCUCUUCGCUUCUAGCAACAACUUAUAUCAACAAAGUACCUUGUUUGGAAGUUCACAAACAUUCAGCAACUUAUUGAAUGGCAACAGUUUUAAUCGAAUAUUUGUUGAUACACCAACUCCAGCUGAUCCUGUAAUCGAUCUAAGUUCAGGAGGCGAAACAGAAGAAUUCGAUGGACAAAAUAAUCAAGCGAGCAGAAAACGUCAUCAUGCAAAUGAAAUGUCUAAUCUGGCAAAGCGAAAAGCAAACGAAACUUUUCUAAUUGAAAGUCAAAAGACGAGAAAUCGAAACAUGCCGUUGAAGAAGCGUGGAUCGGGAAAUCGUGAAGAAGAGUUAAGUUUCCUAAAUCUCCUUGCAAAUGAAAACUCAAAUCAAGCUCAAAAUCUCGUCAAAGUUGAGUGCGCCAGCGACUCAUCAGCAUGUGAUAGCUCAACAAGCAUCAAUCCAAAGAAUUAUCUCAACUUGGAAACAAAGAAAGAGAUCGUUUGUGAUUGUUUCAAUUGUUUUCCUGUGUUGGGCUCAAAAGGAGCACCAAAGUGUAAAAAACUUAAUCAAUCGCCACCAGAUACAGCUGGAGGAUCUUCAUCUUCUAUAGAUACAUCGAUGAUUCCGGGUCCAAGUGAUUCAUCACCAGAAGAUGAUGAUGAUGUCAUUUUCGUUAGUGAUCGAACAGCGCCAAUCGAUUUAACUGCAGAUUCUGAUUCAGACAUUGCAUUGUCACCAAAUGAUGCCAUAGAAACUUCAACAACAUCAUCAACCACAACAGAUAGGAAAGAGAUUGUCACUGCUAGUGAUUAUUCAACUCACAACGCCUGCAAUUCAACAUCGAGUGAUGAAGGAGUUGGUGGAAUGUCACGAAGAAAUUUCAUGGGAUGCCAUCAAAUUCUGUCAAUGCCACCAAUUCAACGAGUUCAUGCGACUACAGUCAACACUCAGCGCACUCCAAUUAUGUCUUCCGUUGCUUCUACCUCUUCUGGUCACGUUGCUCAAACUCCGAUAAGAAUUUCAUCUCCACCUCGUGUUUAUAUCGAUAUUCCUUCUCAACCUAUCACACCAGCACCGACAAGACAAACAAACUUUCGUAAUAUGAUCACAGGAAAUGAUGUGAUGUUGUAUGAUGGACAAAAUUAUAUUCCACCAUUUAUUCGUGAAAGUUCUUCGAGUCUCCCCGUCGUUCCCGAUCCAGUAGCUUUAAAUACAAUUAACGAAAGUUCUGUUCCUCCAGUCCAAGUUCUACAUCAAAGAGUUCAAACGCAAGGUUCUGGAACAAAUCAUCAAAGAAGACGUUGUAAUAUGCCAACAGCAAACUUUUAUUCACCACACCCGAUAAUGCAACGACAUUCAUUGCAAUUGCCACAUGAAAAUGUUGGCCAAAGUCAACAUGAUCAAGUAGUCCCACCACAUGCCCAUCAAAAUCGAGAACAAAAUUGUCGUCAACAUGUUGGACGUUGUCCAUUUAUGACGGAAGGUCAUCAUUACAAUCGUCCAAGACGUUUAGCUCGUGACUUUUAUUCGAUGUCAAACGGUCGUCCAUAUGCAGUUCAUGAAGAUUUAUGGCGUCGUCAAUAUCAAGAGCAAGAGAUUCGACGUCAUUACUGGUCACCAUCGUUCACUUCAGAGGCGGAAGCUGCUUUACGACCACCACCACCGUUCAUAAAUGAACAGAUUGGUCAACAUAGGUUAGUUACCGCUAUAAGUGACAAUAAUAACAAUAAUAAUAACGACACAACUUGGACCGAUAGUUUAAGGAGUGCAGUUGAUCGUCGAAACAUGCAGCAACAGCAGAAUGCCCAUGCUAGGCAUCGAAGAGUGGCACCAUGUCGCAGGUUUAACGACAAUCAGGAUAAUGCAAGUCAACCACACAUCCAUCAUCACAUGCACUAUUCAAUUUCUCAUCCACCUCCACAUGUUCAUCUUUCAAUUGGACUUCGGCAAGAACGUUUGAAUCAGCCAUUAAAUUUAUUGACGCGAUUAAAUCGUUUUGUCCGCGUCAUUGAAGAACGUGCUAAUCGUGGCGCAACUCAAGAAACAAUUGAGAUUCAUACAUUGCCCCACAAAUAUAAGAAGUUACGUCGGGCUAGUGAAGCUGAUGAAGAUAGCGAAAAGUGUACAAUUUGUCUCUCACAAUUCGAAGUAGAUAAUGAUGUUCGUCGUUUGCCAUGCAUGCACCUGUUUCAUCGUGAUUGCGUCGAUCAAUGGUUGGUCACAAGUAAACACUGUCCUAUAUGCCGUGUCGACAUUGAGACUGAAUUUAAAUGCAUUGAAGGGAAAGAAAUGCACGUAAAGGCAGCACAGCCAACGAAUUUAGAAUCUGUACCUGUAACAACAAAUCAACAAUCAUCAAGCUCAAGCUUGGAAUCCGAAACGUCGACGGCAACGGAAUCUGGUAGCAAUUUGAGUAACAUUUGUAAUAAUAAGAAAACAAACGCGGCAAGCAGUAAGAAGCAACAGCGACAGCAUGGAAACUUGGACGAUGAGAUUCCAGCAUCUGUAAUCAGCAGUGUUGGCACAACAAACUAUCAACAACACCAACUCUUUGUUGUUUCAAAACCACUCAAUAUUAGUGAAUCAUUACAAUCGAUUCCCGUCAUAAUCGCCACAACAGCAUCGUCUGUCAAUGCACAAAACACUUUCUCCGUUCCAUCAUCCUUAGCUGAUGGGAAUGUAAAUAACAAAAUGAUACAACAACAAACAACAAAUGUCCAACCGCCUCGUCUCCACCCGAAAAAGAGAAAAUUCGAUUUAUCGGAGUUGGAAGAUGUGAAUCAACAGCAGCAACAACAGCCAACGGCGAGUGUUUGUAACAAUCCAGUGACAAUUUCAGCGCCUCCAGUAUCAUCUGGGUGCACAUCAUCAACAACACUCGUCUAUCAAAGAACUCCUGUCCAAGGUCUUAACGGAAAUGGAAAUCAUCAUUUAGUGAGCAGCAGUAGUAACAGCAGUAAUUAUUCAACAUAUAAUCCAACGAUGGUUACACAAGUCGUGAAAAACACAAAUGAUGUUCAACAAGUGAUAAAGAAACAACAGUUCUCAAAUUACAGUCCCGCAACAAAUCACACAAAAGCAAUAGCAUCGUCUAGUCAACAACAAGUUGUGACAACUCAACAGACGUCUGUUGUUGAGCAAGCCGAUUUCAUUGAUCUCAAGGAGUGGGUGUCACAUCCUGUACUAGCAAAGCGAAAGGACUUUUAUGUGCCGGGUGAGAUUGCACCAACAAAUAUACCGAAUAGUGUACUCGUAAAGCUUAAACAUCCUGAAGGGCAACAACAGUUAUAUCAGGAUAUAUUUGUAAGCGGUCGUUUUGAUGUUAUAAGCGAUCGAGUACCAUCAAUGGCUGAUUUUCAUAUCAACCAACGUGUAUGCAUUCGCACUGUGAUUACCGAUUUUCUAACUGAUGUCUUCAUUGAAGGUCAUGUUGUAGAAAUUCUUCCCUUAACAAAGCAAAUCGCUGUUCAGAUUCGUGGGAAUCUUCAAGAACGUCGAAUUGUUAAACGAAUGGAACUUCGGUUGAUGUUACCGCCAUGGUGGGAUGAGCUUGCUGAGCAAACAGAAACAUCAACUGUAAAAGUGACACAAAUGGGAAGCAUCACAAAAGGUGAACCACAGACGCAGCGCGUCGUUUCUAUUAUGGUAAAUAAAGCUGGUGAUCAGCAGCUUCAUCCUGGUAGUGGUGCUUCAAUUAUUUAUCGAAAUGAACCACAGAAUAUGAUUAAGUCGAAUGCAAAUGCGACAAGAACAUAUGUUCAACGAUAUGAAGCACCGAAUUCAAUUCAACUUCAUCAAGUGAUGCCAUCGCUUUCAUCACAUGAAGAUUAUUAUAGAACAACAGCUACGUCACCAUUCUUAUCGUCAUCGCAAAUCCAUGAAGCAACAACAUCUGGUGGUGAACUUCCGCCAGGUAUGAACACAACAAGUCCACUCAACGAUGAUAGUUAUCGAAGACAUUCGUCAACAAGACCUUAUGAUGAUGAAUAUGAAACUGAUGACGAGUUGAGACGUGAAGAUAUCACUUUUUCAAAUGAUGGUGAAGAGAAGUAUUCAGGGAGUAGCAAGCGAAGCAGUAUGCAGAGUCGCGGUAGCACAUCAAGUCUCAUCGAGCAUGGAAGUUUAACUCCACGAUCUCAACCAGCAACGCCAAGAUCUCAAGCAAAUACGCCACAUCGUUUCAAAAAAGGUGAUGUUGUGUCCACGCCAAAUGGCAUUCGCAAGAAAUUUAAUGGUAAACAAUGGCGACGGUUAUGCUCAAACGAUUCAUGCACAAAAGAGUCACAGCGACGAGGAUUUUGUUCACGUCAUUUGAGUCAGAAAGGUAAUGCUUUACGGUCGUCAACAGGGCCGUCAAAUCAUUAUUCUGCAAGUCGUUCAAGUAGUAAAACACAAGGUGAUGAAGACACGAGCAGGGACUCUGAAACAUCACCUAAUUAUCGAGUAGCUGGAAAGUUCGAUCAAGAAGAAACAGACGUAGCCAACAUGUUAGUGUCGCUUAGCAGUUCUCGCUCGGCAACGCCAGCCUUCUCAUCACCAACAGGCCAUGGAACAUCACCAUUGAUAGCAAAUCAAUCGCCAGUUUCUGUUGGUAAUCGACAGAAUGUUUUUAUGCCGAUUGGUGCUGGUGACGCAGCGACACAUGGUGAUUCAAAUAACAAAUAUAAAAAUAAUAACACACCAAGUCCUGUACUUUAUAAUAUGCCACAUUCACAAGUCAUUCGACCAGAAUUGGUGAGACCAUCGCAGCCACAACCUCAAGUACAACAUCAUGUUCCAUCGAUUCAACAAGUUGUUUCAGCUCCUUCCAUUACGACAACAACUUCGUCAGCUUCAAGUGCUGUAAUGUCACAACAGCAACAACAUCAGCAGCAAACAUCAAUUGUUGGACAUGGGAAUGCAACAAGUGUUAUUAGAAUUUCCCCAGCGUCAAGCACCCAAUUCCAGCCAUUUCAUCCCGUCAUAGUGGAUCCAACGCAUUUAGUUCCAUUGUUGCCACCAUCAACAUCUACUAUGAGUAUUAGUAAUGGAACAAUUCAUACGACAUCGUCGCAAAUUCAUGUCGAUCCAAAGCCGGUGACAAAAAACGGAAUUAACACGGGUUCAGUCUAUCAAUGGCACACAUUGUUGCCGGUCAUCCAUCCGCCACCACCACAAGCAACAGAAAGUCAUCAUCAACAACAAAUUCAACAUGGAAAUGGACCACCAGCAGCUCCAUCAAGCAGUAUUGCUGUUCCAGUUGAUGAAGGAGAGAUGAGUGGAGAUGAUGAUGAAGUUUUUGUUGCUGAACCCGUGGAUUUAAAGAAUUCCCAACAAAAACAACAACAUCAACAGCAUACAACAAGUGGUGGAUCGAAUGGUGGUCAACAGCGUUCAGUAAUAUUUCAAACAGGAUCUGAAGAGCCAUUCAGUGGACUUGAACCGAUGAAAGUCGACAAUGACACAACACAGAACACAAAGAAAGGAAGAUCUCAGUCGCUGAGUGCAUUGCAAGCUGGCAAAGAUCCUCAAAGUCCAAGUUGUAAGAAGGAUCCACGUAUUCGUCGACCAAUGAAUGCUUUUAUGAUCUUUUCGAAACGUCAUCGUGCGAUGGUUCACCAACAACAUCCAAAUCAAGAUAAUCGUACUGUCAGUAAGAUUCUUGGUGAAUGGUGGUAUGCAUUAAAGUCUGAUGAGAAGACAAAGUAUCACGAGUUGGCUAGUGAAGUUAAAGAAGCUCAUUUCAAAGCUCAUCCUGAGUGGAAAUGGUGCUCAAAGGACCGUCGUAAAUCAUCGAGUUCAACAAAAGAUUCAAGAGAAAGAAUGAAUUCACUUGAUGGAACGGAUUCUCAUGAUGAGAAAAGUCCAACGACACCAGCUGAUCAUUUACAGCCAUCAGAUAAUGCUUCAUCAGCACUCAGUAGUCUUAAUGAGGAAAUGGAAUUUGCUGAGAAUCAGGAAUCAGAAAAACAUGGAGUUCAUCACGAUAAACAAGAAAGAGAUGUUCACAUGCAACAAUCUGAUCAUCAAGAAUAUCAACAGCAACAACAAGAAGCAAUGGAAAUAGACUUAAAAUGUGCUGAAAAAGUUACUGACUCUGAUGUUGAAUCAAAUGCUGAUGAUAAAAGCUCAUCAUAUCAGAAAGAUCAAAGCUUUUAUGCAAUUGGUGAUGUAACAAGAAAGCCAAAACCAAUAAAUCCGCUUCAUCAGAAUGAGAGUGCUCUUUAUUCACCGUUGUUCCCUUACAACAGUCCAAAGAAUCCAAUUGGAGUCAUGCCAUUUCAACCGAAGGGUGGAGCUUUUCGUACCAUGCCUCAAAGUCCCAAGACGACAGGCUUCUUACAAACAACCCCAACCGUCAAAGCUGAGAUGGAAGCGAAAUGUUUAUCAGCUAACAGUGUCAACAAUAACAACACAAUCUUCAAUUUUCCAACCGUACCAACAACGUCAGCAGCAAAUGAUGAUAAAUCAGCUCAUCAUCGUCUAAGUGAUGCACAGUCGAAUGGUAUUCAUUACAAUUCGCCAAUGCGUCAUCAUGAAGGUAAAGAAUUGGAUGUAAACGAUGUAAAUGUGAAUGUCAAUGUUGUUGCAUCAUGUGCAUCAUUAAAUCAUGAAAAAGUUUCAACUUCUUCCUUCUCUCUGUCAUCAUCCGAUUCAUCUACUAACAAAUGCUCUUCUACUAAUCAAUCAUCAUCCAAUGUUAAUGUUAUCAAUGUAUGUGAUGGUAGCGAUAAGACUAACAAAAAUCAUGGCAUUAUAAUCACGGAUACGCACGACAGUGCUGGUUUUUAUGAUGCCAUAAAACUGGAGGAGAAUGGAAACAGCACGACUGCAAUUAUUUAUGAAACAAUCGUAAUUGAAAAUCAACCAGCACAUGUGGGACAUGAGCUGGUGAGCUUUGUCACUGCUGGUAAUAACAAUAAGUUAAUAGCUAACAAGAAUAUUUCCUUUGAUGGGAUUGGUAAUGGUGGCAUCAUUGUUUUGACGGGAACAUUGAAUGAAUUGUUGUUGAAUCAAAAUGGUCAUGUGAUAACUAACGUGAGUCAGUCAUCUAACGGUGCUGGCACUAACAAUAAAUGUUUGAAUGAUGUUAACACUAACAAGAAUCACAUCCAAUCAAUUGUUUUAAAUUUAAAUUCACAAUCAUCAGCAACUGGCAUGGGAGCAGCAACACAGAUGACAACUGGCGGUCAGAAGUCGAUAAUGUUGGCAAUUAAUCAGAAUCAACAACAAUGUUUGUCAUUUUCAUCGAUGCAGGAUGAUUAUGGAGUGUACCAAAAAGUUCAUUCAUCAAAUCCUGGACAACAAAUGCAAAAUCCGGUGAACAAAUCCACGCAGCCAACUUAUGUGAUUCAUGGUGGAAAGAUUCCGAAUAUGUAUUUGUCAUCAAGUGGUCAACAUCAUUCCGAGCCGUCGAUACAGUCAGGGAUGAAGAUUAAAGAAGAACCAGAAUCACCAACAAUUCGCAAUUUGCCAGCGACACCAAAGUCAAAUGAACCGCCAUCAAAUCAGCAACGUGAAGCUUCAGAAAGGACUGAACAGAAUGAAAUUGAUGAUGAUGAUAACGAUGACUCCGCUGAGAAAAAGUUCGUUCUUGCACCAACUCCAGCACAAUUAGGAAAAGCGCCAUUACAACGACGACAAAAUCGAGGUGAUUCACCAUACUUUCAAGACGAAACUUUUUUGUUGAUCAAAAGCGUAUUUGCAGCCAAUUCAUCAUCAAGCUCAUCAAUGCCUGACACACCAACUAUGGAUUCGAUUACAACAUCAGUUGCAAACACAAUUAUUAAUCCGGUUCCGUCAGCACUGCCUACACCAACAUCAGCAAAUUAUGACGACAUUCAAAGUCAAAUAUCGCCUUCGGUAAAAACGAAAAUGUACAAAAAGAUUAAAACUGAUGAGAUGGAUAAAUUUUCUUACAGUGUUCUCAAACAAGUUGACUUUGAAAACAAGUUCAAAUUUCUACCCCAGUUUAAACCGGAAGAUUGUCAAUCGCCGAGUGCAAUUUCAGUGCCAUCAUCGCCGCACGUCUUCACACAAAGUUAUCGUAAGAAGCCACAAUCGAUGCCGAAAACUGCUGCAACUGAUGAUGAACCAUCUGAUCUUAGUGGCAUGUCAGCAACAACACCAUCAGCAGCUUCAUUCUUGAUGGGAAAUCGUUUCUUUGGCCCUGAAUUUAACAUUGAUCAGCUUAGAUAUUGUGUAAAUGCUGUUCUUGCUGCUGAAGAUAACAAUGAUCGAUCUCCUCGAACACCAAAAACACCAUCGCAGAGAUCAGCAACCACGGAUGCUAAUGAAAAAGGUCACAGAAAAACGUUGGAACAACGAAGGCAUUUGGUGAUGCAGUUGUUCCAAGAACAUGGGAUGUUUCCAUCGACACAAGCAACAAAUAGCUUUCAGAUUGCUCACAGCGAUAUUUUCCCGAACAAGCAAAGUUUACAACUGAAGAUUCGUGAAGUUCGUCAAAAGUUUAUGGCUCAACCAGGAUUUACACCGCAGUCUGCUGGACCUUGUACACCAAGUGAAGCGCAAAGCGACCAAACCGGAACAGCCGCACAGUGACAAAAUUUUCUCGUCAAACUCUCAGAGUAAUUUUAAUUGAAUAAUCAAGAAAUGAUGAAAAAGAAAAUUUAAGAAUGUAAGAGAAGAAGUUUCAUUCUUUUUUUUAUGAUAAAAGAUAGAAAAAUGAAAACAUCUUUAAAUAUUUUUCAUUGAAUUAUAAAAGUGAUUUGAAGUUCUCAUGGACGAAUUUUUUUUUCUUUUCUCCUUUGGCAUGCGAUAACAUAAUUAAUGAAAAUGACAAAUUGCAAAAGAAAAAAAAUUAUUUUAGAAUUAACGUUGAAUAUAAAUAAAUUAAUGAAAAAUUAUAAAAAGCAUGAGUUGAAAGUUGUUGGAAAUGUUUAGAAAUUUGAUGUAAAAAUAAUAAUAAAAGAAAAUGUUUCUUAAUACUAUUUCGAUUGACAUUUAAAACAAAACUAAAGAAAAUGAGAAUUAAAGCGAUUCAGAAGCGUUUCGGAUGAACAUGAAAACUAUGGAAAUCAAAACAAAUUAAAUUAGUUGUAAGUUUUAUUUUUUGUUCUUUUUUUCGAGGGAAAAAUUGAUAACAGUUUAUUAAGUUUCACUCCCCCGCAACGUAUACUUUCCUGUCUUGAUGAUGAUGAUAACUGAAUUUUCCUAUCACCAUCAAUUUAUACUUUAUUUUAAAACAAUUUGCAUUUAAAUGCAUAUACUUGAAGAAUUUAAUAUAAUCAGUGACAUUGAUUGUCAUGAAAUGGUUUGGAAUAAAAUAAUUGUAAAACUUGAGUAGAUGUUGAAAAAAAUGGGAAAUAUUUCACAUAACAUUUGAUUGAAACUUUCUCAAGAAUUUUUCUUUUUUCAAUCAAUCAUUUCAUGAUACUCAAUUAAAACUAUUGCAAAUAGAAAACAAAUCUAAAAAUAAUAAAGAUCUACCCAAACACACCCACACAACAGUUAAAUGCGUCUGAUGCAUCCCUUCCUUCCCGCCCUCAAGAAAGAAAAAAAAUUAAAUUAAAUAUGUGUAAAGCAUCCACACACACACACAUUCACACUCAAUUGAUAUUUUUUAUAAAAAUAUUUUCGGACAACAAGAACAAAACAAGAAAAAAUGAAAAAAAAGAAAAGCCUUAACACAAACAAAAAGAAAUUGCGACAAAAUUGUAUAAAAAAUUCUUGAAUGUGAUUAUUAAGGAGUUUUAUAGUUGAUCAAGACGGUAACGGUAGAUAUUUGGUGAUUUUAUUGUGGAAAUUUAAUUUUCCAAAUUAUGUAAAAAAAACAGAAAAAGGAAAAAAAAUCUUUUUUUGGCAUGAGAAGAAAAUUUUAGGCGAACCUUUCGACACAUAUUUAAAUACAUAAAUCAAUGUUUUGUAGCUUCGUUUGGGAUUCGGUUAGUUGAGGCUUUAUGUACGAUAUAUCAUGGAGGGUUUAAACUUAAUUUUAUUUUUUAUCAAACGUGGAAGGAGUGACAGGAACGAAAGAAUUUUUUUUAAUAAAACGGCAUUAUUCUAGCAAUAGUUGAUAAGAGAUUAAAGUGACAUUAGUUCAAAGAUGAAUUUUUUUUAUCUUUUUUUCUGAAUAUUUUCCACAACGCACUUCAAUAUCAUCACUAAGGUUUUAGUUCUUAGAAUAUCGAGCUUGUGUUAUAUUUAAAGUGAUUUUCGAUACAAUUUCUUCCAUUACAAUUUAUCUAAAUGCAUAUUAGAUUUUAUUGGCUUUCUUCACGUUUGUUUGCACGAGGUUGUUGAGGUUAAUGUGGUUGGUCUUGUUGUAAAUAACAAAAUAAAUAAUUCGUCCAAAAUAUUUUCUUAAAAUUAAAUUGAUUUACCUGAAAAUCAGGAAAUAAAAUCAAUGUUUUCAAAGCUCUUAUAAGUCUUGGAAUUUUCAGGACUCUAAACAUUUUAAUCUAUCAACAAGACUAAACAUGUCAACCUCGACCCUUUGUCGACUUACUUUCUAAAUAGCAAAUCAAAAUGUGAUAUUUUAUUAUCAAUUUGAAUAUUUUCUUUUUCCUUCCUCUCUAUAUCUCGUAUAUUUUAUCAGAUAACAUAAAUAAUUAAUAUCUAGAAUUAUAUUUUAAUUUUCUACUUUAACGAAAGAUUUUAUAAUUUUUUUAUGAUGAAAACUAUUAUUUUCUUAGUUAAUUUCCUAUUUUUUAUUCGAAAGUUAAAUUUGUGCUCGCGUUUAAUAACAAAAAGAAUUAUAAGAAAUACAAAUUUGUGGUGCCAAUAAAGAAAACGAUUGCUUUUCCUACCCUCUUACAUCUCUUGGAUUGUCUCCCCCGGCUCAUUCGUAAGUAGAAAAGUGAUCCAUGUUUCCUUCCUAAUCCAUCAUUUUCCUCGAGUUUCAAAUGUAAGAAAUAUCUCUAAAAUAAUUAAUUGUGAAGUAGGUGAAAAUUAAAAAUUUUAAAGAAAAUUUAAAACUGUAAGCAGAAAUAAAAUAUGAAUAAAUAUUUAAAUUAGUUAAGUGAGAAGCACUUUUGGGUGAAAUUUUUUUCAUCAUUCACAUUCAUUGAAUUGAAAAUUUGUAAAAAUGUUUAAUUUAGAAUCGUUUAAAGAACAUUGUAAGAUUCUUGGUAAGAUUUGGAAGCCAAAGUUAAAUGGUGAACAAAAAAUGAUGAAAAGAAAACGUUAAUUAAAAUUAAAGAAAAUUAGACAAUUUGUUGAUUAGAACUGAAAAGAAAAUUAAGGGAAAGGAUUUAAUGUAUCAUUUUGAACAUUAAGAAAAGAUUUAUGAGAGAAAUAAAUUCCGUCAUGAAAGAUUUUCUGCUUUUCAUUUCUUUCUCUCGAGUUUGUAUUGUUCUUCUGAUAAGUGUUGUGCAUUUGAUUGAUAUCUUUUUUCCCUCACAUCAACUUAAGAAAAGAAAACUUGUAGCUGAAUCAUAAAAGUAAAAAUAAAGGAACGUUUUCUCACAAUUUAAUAGACACAUAUGGAAAAUGGAUUCACGCAAUAAAUAUCAAGGGAAAAACUAACACAAGAAAAACAUUUUACUAACUUUUUGAUUUUGUAAUGAAAAUUCAAAUGAAAAUGAGAAUUUUUUUGAAUCCACAAGAUGAAGAUGAUAAAAAGAAGAUAAAUGAAUGAAUGAAUGAUAUAAGAUCACAAUUAAUAAAUUUAUGUUAGUAGAA